AUUGCUGGCGCCUGUACAUCAAGAGCUUCGUGAAUCCUCCAGGACGAGUACCUAUAUAUCGGCGUGCGAUAGCUUCAUCUUCUCAAUUUCUAGUUAUUUGUGGAUUUACCGCCUCCUCGUCCAUUCCACGAUAUAUAGUGCCCCGUGCACGCGAUCUCCGCAAGCCCCCGAAUCCCCGAGCGACGAACGCAUCGUAUCGUUGGGAGCUAUAAUCCACCUUGAACUCCUUUAGCUUCAGUCCUCGACGUAUUAUUUCCAACUUUUAUAUCAGUGCGCGCGCUUUUCCAUAUAAUCAGAAAAUAGCCAAUAUGCCUACAAUGUGGCUAUCCGAUAACCAGAAGAUCGGAGUUAUCUUCUGCUCAGCUGGAGGCUUGUUCCUCUUCGGCGGAGUCCUAAUGUUCUUCGAUCGCUCACUACUAGCAAUGGGCAACAUCCUCUUCCUCAUCGGUCUAACCCUAAUAAUCGGCCUCGAAAAGACCUUCGCCUUCUUCUCGCGCCGGCAAAAACUCAAAGGCACCGCCGCCUUCGCCGCUGGAAUCCUCCUCAUCCUCCUCCGUUGGCCACUCACCGGGUUCAUAAUCGAGCUGUACGGUCUCUUUAUCCUCUUCGGCGACUUCCUGAUCACCAUUGGCCAGUUCGCGGGGAAUAUCCCCGUCGUAGGGCCCUUUAUUCAAAAGGUUCUGGAGACGUUGGCCGGUGGAAGGAGGAAUGCCGAGUUGCCUGUAUAGAGAGAACCUUCAUUCGCUCUUGGGGGUGUAGGCAUGGGUAUAAGUGAGGGAAUGAUAUUUUUGAUAACGAUGACGAUGAUGAUGGAGGGAUCUUGACAUGUUCAUGUGUAUGAAUAGUUAUGUGGCAUUAGGGUUUACUUCUUUUUUUUUUCUUGUUACGAAUAUUUGCAUGAUGGGAUGGGUAUGGGAUGGUGUGGUGUGGUGUGGCAUGGACUGC